AGGACUUGUUUGACUUGUUUAUUAAAAUAUUUUUUUAAAAAUAUUUUACUGUACUACCAAUCAAAUUUAGUCAUUCUGUAUUAUAGUUCAAUAAGUGGAAAUAUUUUUCUAACAAUUAUUAAUUUUAUAUUUAUUCAUGUAGUUAGCAUAUUAUAUGCUAAUUUAAAAUGUAUAUAAAUAAUUUAUUUCGAAGACGUGCGUUAAAAUUAACAACUUAUGCAUCUAAAUACAUAAGGAAAAAAAACUCGAAAACAGAUGCUGACAGAAAAGAUUUAAAGAGUGUAGUAGGAUUAGAAAUACAUGCUCAACUCCAAAGUAAGUCUAAACUAUUCAGUGCAGCUGCUAAUUGUUUUGAAUCGGCGGCUAAUACUCAGGUAGCACUGUUUGAUGCUGCCAUCCCUGGGACACUUCCAAUUAUAAAUAAAAAAUGUGUCGAAGCGGCGACCUUAACUGCAUUGGUAUUGAAUUGUAAAUUGAAUACUAUUUCAUUAUUUGAUCGUAAGCAUUAUUACUACGCAGAUAUGCCGGCAGGAUACCAAAUUACGCAGCAAAAUUUACCAUUGGCUACAAACGGUCAACUUUCGUUUUACGUUGUAGGUGAAAAUAUAAAUAAAGAAAUUUAUAGUAAAACCUCUUUUAUCAAACAAAUCCAAUUAGAACAAGACAGUGGUCGUUUAAUUCACGACGAUUCUUCUCAAACGGUUUUGGUAGAUUUAAAUCGAGCAGGACUUGCAUUGGUGGAAUUAGUAUUUGAACCUGAUCUUUCCGACGGGUUGGAAGCAUCUUCUCUUGUUAAAGAACUUUUGCUUACUUUUGAAUGCAUUAAAACAUGUUCUUGUAAAAUGGAAGAGGGUGCUUUAAGAGUGGAUGCUAAUGUUUCUAUUAGUGAGGGUGAACAAAUGGGUACACGUACUGAGAUUAAAAAUUUGGGAAGCGUACGAGCUGUCCAAUCAGCAGUUGACUAUGAAAUCCGUCGACAACUUAACUUAAUUAAAGCGGGUAAAGAAAUCAUAAAUGAAACUAGAGGAUGGGAUUCAGUUUUGAAUAAAACAAUAUCUAUGCGAGAUAAAGAAGUGUUACAAGAUUAUAGAUUUAUGCCAGAACCAAAUUUAUUACCUCUAAAUUUAAACAUGAUCGAUGUUGAUAAACUGCAAUUGUCUAUUCCUGAGUUACCAAAUGCAACUCGAAAACGAUUAAUGCAAACGUAUGGUUUUAAUAUACGAAAGGCGUCUAUUUUAAUGAAUGAACCAGUGUUGUUGAAAUUAUUUUUUCAAAUUAUGAAUGAGGACUCCUCUAGGAAUCCAUCAAGAGCAUGGAAUAUAAUAACUAUUGAACUUGUAGCAGAACUAAAUAAAAUUAAUAUGAAACCUGUACAAUGUGGAAUUUCAUCUAACGUAAUUGGAGAGAUCGUAGAUUUAUUAGAUAAUGGAACAUUAAAUUUAGCUUAUGCUCGAAAGGUAAUCGGAGAAUUGCUACAAAGUGUAAAUAAAUCUGCAACAGAAAUUGUGAUUAAAAAUAAUUGGAAACAAAUCACAAAUGAUAGUGAAAUACUCAAGUUUUGUGAAGAAGCCAUGGUUGAGUAUCCAAAAGCUGUUAAAGACUAUAAAAAGGGAAAAGUAAAAGCUAUCAAAGCAUUAAUAGGUUCAAUUGCCAAGAAAACCAAUAACCGAGCUGAUUUAGCAUCGGUUUCAAAAAAAUUAGAAGAAUUACUGAAAAGUAACAAUUAAUUAUUAGUUGUUGAAUCAUAUUAAUAAGAAAUAUUAUUAAAGCAAAGUAUAACUUUUUUAUAAAAA